AUGGGAUUUACAAGUCGACGGCCUAUUCUUCCUGCGCCGACCGACUCAUUGUUAGGGUCGACCGACGACACUGGACUCAGCACCGACAUUGGAACAGAUCUAUCUCGCAGGAGUGAUAAGACCUCCGAGACCAUUCCCGACGACGGAAGCCCAAUCACCAUCACAACCUCCCAUAAGCCUAAGAAGCUGGGCAAACUUACCAAAUCCAGCCAACAGUCGCAAACAUCUCUCCUGAUUGAAUACUUUGAGGCGAGCAAGGAACCUGAAGCUGGUCAUAGGCGGCCGAGUCUGCGAGUUCGUGUCACCCCUUCCAAGUCACGAAAAACUAAAGACAAAGGCGAAGGUCACAUACUGGUGACUGAAUCCAAGUCGGCCAGGCGACCGUCCCUGACACAUCGUAUACCCCUGGGAGGGAACGAGACGCUCGCGCAAAACGUCAUUGAAGGCAGCAUCAGCUCGUUGGGUUCCGACGACGCUGUUAGAGCUUCAGCUCCUGUUGAGAUUGAAGUUCUGCCAAACGAGGGCAGUGAAUUAUCUGGUCUCAGCGACUCUCCGGAGUUGAGACCCAUCGUUGCAGAAUCGGAUAUCUCUUCUAUGCCAGCAGAGAGCUCAUUGGGGCCCCACCGACCUGCGACAAUGUCUCUAUCUACCCAGAAUGGAAGUUUUAGUCGAGGCUUGUCCUCCGAAGGCGCGACGUUGAAGCCUCCUAUCAUCAAUGUCGACCGAAACCGGAGCAAUGAGCGAAUUACACAGAAAGUUAUUGAGAAACUGAGCAACAAGCCUCGAACUUCUACCAGUGGGAGGCGUUCAAGUGCAAGUCGGAGCAGUGCCGGCAGAGAAGCAGAUCCGGCGCACCUGGAGUCACGUACCCGCAAAGCUGUGGACGACGAUUCUCUGCCCAGCGCGACCGCCUCCAGCCUGGUCAGUGGCUCUAACUUGUCCGCCGACGUGCGACCGACAGAUCAACGCUCUGUCCGUUCAGGAGCGUCCAAUGUCUCAAUCACAAACAAUCCGAAAUUGCUACAGACGGUUGAGGAUGCAAUUCGACGCCUGAUCCUGCCCGAACUCAACGAGAUAAAACGAGACCAGAGACACUCCCACCGUUCCCGGCAUGACAAGUUGAGCGAUCCUUCAGACAUCUCUUCCAGUACUGUCUCUCGUGAUGAGACAACUCGUCGUAAGUCUUCUGGUAGCAAGUCAAAGCGUCGAGUGAGCCACGACUCCGACACUGCGGUGCGCUCAGGCUCAGCUCGUCGGCAUAGACGUCACAAAACAGUCGACUACGACUCGGCGUCGGAGCAGAGCUACCCGCAAUCAGAAAGCAGUAGUUUUCGUGACGAGAAGAAAUCCGGCAAACAUUCCCGAAGUCAUCGUGCCAGGGACGUGGCCGCCGGAGCACUCGGAGGCGCUGCUCUGACCGCUGCCGCUUUGAAGUCACAUGAAUCAGGCUCAAGUCUCGAGUAUUCCGAGCACCGUCGAAGAAGGAGGAGCAAGAGUCGUAGCAGUCGUGGUACAAGCAUUGCGGAGAAGGACGAUGUCUUUUCAAAGCAUAAAGUCCCUCCUAUGCCCUUCGUGAGCGAAAUCGGUACCGACUUGACACGAAGCUCACUGCGGUCUUCCAACAACGGAGGUGCUACGACGCCUACUCGGCACGAGGUACGGGAAGUGGUACGCGGAUCUCCCCUUGAACUACCACGCUCGGGAUCCCAGACACCUACGCGGAAUUCGUUUGACCUUAAGCGCGGACUUGGUACUCACCAUGGCAAUUUCUCGGAACAUGAUUUAUCCGCGCAUGACCUCUCCAAGAAAGAAUCCCCAUACGAGGACGACAGGGAGGAGCCGCAUGAAGAAGACGUGGAUUUUGCCACCCAUGGAUUCGCAGCGUUGACAGACCCAGAGCGCGCUCGAGCGUACGAAAGAAAUCUACAUCAACAGCACCCUAUCAGAAGGGGCCUCAGUCCGAUCCAAAGCGUAGCGAGUUAUACUACAACAGAGCCAAACCGCAACUCCAUAAUGCAUCAACGGAGUUCAGAUUCAAUCAAUUCCUUGAAGAAACAGCCGCAGAUGGAGGACCAGGUCUCAAUUUCGUCCGUCUCAUCAGCACCAACCACGGACUUGGCUCGUGCGAGAAGACCACAUGGCUUUAGUCUAGAGAACCGCAGUGAGAUUCUGGGUCACCAUGGAGGCUCCCAUGAUAGCACCCCCCGUCAAAUUGACCCCCAAUCAGUCUUUGAUGAGCAACACCUCGAAAACGAAAGCUACCGUGGUUCACCGUACAUUGACAAAGUCACUGCAGGCCAACAAGUCGCUAGAGGAUCCGGAGCUACUGCAGAGUACGUCAAUGCUCCGUCGGGUAUCGAAUCUGCUGUAGCCUCCCUGGUCGACAUUCCAAGCAUUGACUCCCCACGUAUGAGCCCGGCAGGCUCUACAAGCGCCCGCGACGCCCGAAGCCCCCGUUUCUCUCAACAUGACUACGAAUCCCGGCACAGCGGCAGUCCACUCAAGCAUCAGAUCUCAAAUGAAAGCCAAAGGAAGCGGCAUGUUCUUGGAGGACUACAGCCGACGGCUUCUUCGCCAACUCCUCUUGCUCGCUCAGUAGAAUAUUCCAACGACAGAUCUGCCAAGUCUAUUCAAUCGGGAGAAAUUCCUACAGGUGAUGUUGCCGAUAACCAGGCUGAACACUCGCCCGAAUCGGAUAUCACCACCAACCCAUCCAUCAUACGAGGCCCAAUUGGUGGCUUCACUCAGGGCAAUACAGAUCAUUGGCCAUAUGAUCCAACACCGCCGCGCUCGCAAGCAGAUCUCAAACUUCCUCCUGUCAGUCGCGAUAUUGGAUCCGCUGGCGCUGACCUGGUACCCGAAGCCUUGUCGAUCAAUCGCGAUCACGAUCUACAUCCGAAGCAAGAUGUGUACAUCAAAACACACCCUAUAGCAACACCCCCAGGAGCCAAAGAUGAAGGCUACGAAACGGGGGCCAACGCUCGUUCUCCCGGUCUUUACUCUCAGGCUCAUGGGGUGCAAAAUGAUCGCUUCACUCCUGACAUAGCGCCCGAUACCCUUGCCCUGAGAGACGACCCGUUCACAGGCCAGCGUGAUCAGUACAUAAGUGGUCUAUCGCACGGGCUGUCACCAAUGUACGACAGCGCCACUGGCCGAGGUCGCGACCAUAUUCAGUCGAAAGAUAUCGUUGCCCUUAUGGACCAUCUGACUGUGCGCGACUCCCAGCGAAAUGCCCGAGACACUGAAAUAUUAGUGACUUUGGUACGCAGCGCCGCUGAGAUGCGCAAUUCCUUGGAGGAUAUGAAGAAUUUUAUUGUACAACAGGAUGAGGCUUUUCUGGACGCAACUGAAAAGCAACACGAGAGAACACGUGAGGUUGUCGGAGGACCCCGACAACCACCAGUAUCAACGGUACGCCCGGCACGGCCUGCCAAUUCUGAGGAAGACCUGCCUUCGAAACGCCGCAAUGUCUUUCAACGAGCUCUGCGAGGACUUGGUGCCAAGAAUACACAGGAGUUACAGAACAUUGAAGGCAUGCUGAUACGACUGCUCGAUGAAGUCGAAGGCCUCCGAGCGUUACAAUCUACCGACAGUGUAAAGGGGCAACCUCGAGCGACUAGCUUGACUUCUGCAGACAAUACGCGUGCUCCUACAGACACGGGCUAUGAGCCCGAAGGUCAAGCUGGUACUUCGUCCACGGGCGACCGGUCAGGAUUCUUCUCCAACAAUUCUUCUCGCCAGGCAGACUACCGAAACUAUAGUGUCCAGCGAGAUUCUGGUAACCGGGUAAGCACUGUUAUGGAGGGCGAUGAAGAAUAUGAUGAUUAUGCCCAACAUCUCGGGGGAGCGACUCCAGGAAACAUCCAAGCCUCCAAUCGUACGCCACUGGCGAACCCCCCGGGGGCCGAUGACCAUCGACAAGUUCGGGGUGGGUCUGUGCCACUAAACACUCCGCCUCGAUUGCACGAUCAGAAUAUGGGCUCGCUGAGCCAUGAAAACACCCCUCACCACUCUACCGGUGAAGGCUCUGGGCGAAAGCACAAGUCAUUUGCGUCCUCAUUGUUCCCCAAGAUGGUUUCUCGAUGGUCCAAGACUACAGCAUCCUCGGCCGAUAACUACCGAAACAGUGCCCAGCGUCUUCGACCUUAUUCGGGCUCCAAUUUCGGCGAGUACGAAUACGAACACGAACACGAACACGAUCCUCAACUGGACGACGGUAUUCGAUCGAAUGCGUCGUUCCAAGAGGAUCAGUAUCAAAGCGAAGAGGAGCGGCCGCCGUCCCCCUUGAUUCCCAGCCAGGUCUCCGAUAAUCCAAAAUAUCAGGCUCACCGGAACAGCGUCAAUCUCCAGCAUCCUCAACCCAGACAAGGUCCAACUGGCCGGUUCCAGUCUCGUUUGGAGUCGGAAGCCCAGAAUUACAAUGACCAGAUAUCGCCCACUUCGCAAAUCUCGUCUCAGUGGGAAAAUAAUUCAGGGUUACAUCAUACAAAUGUCGCCGACACCAGCUAUGGAGGACAACCCAGUCCCCUCUCUGACGCUGAGUACUCGAAUGGACCACGGAUGUAUCAUGAUACUAGGAGCAUUCGAUCGGGUAAUUCUCAAGGUCCACCUCGUCCGCCAAAGAUCCUCGAUGACGAGCCGUUGGUGCCUCAGCGCCCUCCCAAGAUUCUUAUGAGCCCUCCUCUGUCACAGAGGCAGACGACAUACGUCGAUCAUGUGGCUGCUGCUCGGGCGGGAAGUCCAGCAAUUGACAAGUCUCCUAUUGGCGCAUUACGAUCGCCUCAGAGCCAGGGACGAAAGCCUUCAGGUCCGAGGCCACUUGCUGGCGGAUCUAAAGGUGAUUUGAACGCUGUCAAGAGGACGCGGUUCAGGGGUAGUCCCAACCAGAUCGACAGCGAGGAUGAGGCUACUGCAGCCCAUUGA